CUCAUGCUGGCUGCUGAGUUUCACUUUCCUUUCUUUCAAACACAGAUGCCACAGAUCUCGGCAGAACCUUCUGUCUCCAAACUGUGGCUGCUGGAUCCAGCUAAGACUACAUUUAAGCUUCAUCCAACUCUUAAAACCAGAUACAGAAAAUCAUGGCAGUGACAACGAGAUUGACAUGGAAUGAGGAGAAAAGUCUGCAAAAGCUGCUUGGAAACGUCUCCUUGAGACUUCUUCAUAAGUCUAGUGUCCAUGGACAUACAAGUUUUAGUUUGCUUGAUAGGUGCCAGCUUCAGGGAUCUACUAUAACAAUUCUUUACUUUUAUGAUAAGAUUAUUGGGGUCUUUAUACCUGGGCAUUAUCCUGCACGAGGUAUAGAGUUCAGAGAGCCAAUUCCCUCCUUCUGUUUUUCAUUUCAAAGGAAUAAAUCUACAGAAAUGGCAAUUGCAGUUCUGGAGGCAGAAGUGAAAAUUGCUUCUGGGCAACUGACAUUUUGUUCCUUUGAUCAAGAGAUGUUCUGUAUAGAUUCAAGCAAAACCAAGCUUUCUAUACAUCCUUCGUUAAGCUCUGAAUUAGGAGUACAUAUCUCCUCUGACCUCACUUAUUUGGAAAAUGAAGUCUUUCGAGUUGAAGGAAUUAAGGAUGAUACAACCUAUAUGCGCAAGGUAACAAGAGCCUCAAAGCAGAGGAAUCGGCUUCUAGCAGAGCUCAGAGCCUUCAAGCCCAAAGUAGACUUGAUUUCAGAAAUUUGUAUUCUCUUGCUGGGUCCAGUUGGAUCUGGAAAGUCUAGUUUUAUCAAUUCAGUGAAGUCUGUUUUCCAAGGCCGUCUGACUCGCCAAGCCAUAGUGGGGUCUGAUGACACCAGCAUUACUGAACAGUAUAGGAUUUAUUCUGUUAAAGAUGGGAAAGAUGGCAAAUAUCUGCCAUUUAUGUUGUGUGACUCCAUGGGGCUACAUGAGGAAGAGGGAGUAGGAUUGUGUGUGGAUGAUAUACCCCACAUCUUAAAAGGCUGUGUGCCAGACAGGUAUGAGUUUUGCCCCCAUAAAUCAAUUACGCCAGACCAUCCUAUGUUCAUCGCCUCUCCAUCACUGAAGGACAAGAUUCACUGUGUGGCCUAUGUCUUAGAUAUCAACUCUAUCAGUUCUAUCACCUCUAAGGAGGUGGCAAAGUUCAAAGAAGUUCAAAAAGAGGUCUUAAACUGUGGUACAGCACUUGUGGUCUUGCUUACUAAAAUUGAUAAGUGCAGUGAAAUUCUUCAAGACAACUUUUUAAACAUGAAUAAUUCUAUGACGUCCCCAAACCAGAUAAUAAAAGUCAGCAAAAUGCUAGAUAUUCCUAUUUAUAAUAUCUUUAUGGUUGAAAAUUAUGCAUCAGAGUUGGAGCUGGACCCUUUGAAGGACACUCUGAUCCUGUUUGUCCUGAGGCAGAUGUUACGGAUAGUGGAUGACAUUUUAGAGGAUUUGCCUCUUGAAACAGGGAGGAAGGCUGGAAGAAAAUGAAAUGCCAGAGACAAGAAAUGGACAUAAAGGAGGGAGAAUGUUUCAUUUAUCUCUGGAUGAAGAUAUGAAUUUAAGGGAAUUAAAAAAAGCAAAUAUUUCUUAAGGACUUACGUGCUAUUUCUGUGAAAAACAAACAAACAAAAACAAAGCUUCUUCCUUUAAUGAACUCA